AUGGUGCUUUCGCCGACCGCCGUUCGGUUUUUGAUAGUCAUAUUCGUCGCACUCGGAUCCCUGACGUAUGGCUACUGCAGCAGUAUUAUUGCGACGACGCUGGGGCAGCCCUCGUUCAUCGCGUACUUUGACCUGGACACGCGAUCCAAUGCGACGGACCUGACGGGGGCGAUCAACGGACUUUUCCAGGCGGGCGGUCUGUUGGGAGCUCUCUCGAUCAUCAAGACGCCAGACUGGCUCGGCCGCCGCAAGGCCCUGCUGUUGUACGCGAUCAUCACCCUCAUCGGCGGCGCGCUGCAAGCCGGCAGCGUCAACAUCGGCAUGUACCUGGUGAUGCGGUUCCUGACGGGGAUCGGCAUCGGGGCUCUGGUCGGUCUGGUACCUCUGUAUCAGUCGGAGAUUGCUCCGCCUCGCAUUCGCGGUCUGUUGGUCGGCAUGCACGGCGUGUUAAUCUGUGUCGGCUACUCCCUAGCCAGCUGGAUCGGGCUCGGGUUUUAUUUCGUCAACGCGAGCGGUGCGCAGUGGCGGCUCCCUCUGGCCAUCCAGUGUUUGCCACCCUUGUUUCUGUCGCUGGGCGUUCUGUUCCUGCCCGAAUCGCCCCGCUGGCUGCUCGACCAGAACUGCGUCGAUGAGGCGUACAAGUCUUUCGUGGCGGUGCGCGCCGAGAGCGACGAUGCCAUGUUGAACAAUGAACAUGCCAUCCGUGCCGAGUUCAAGUUGUUGCAGGGCCAGCUGUUGCAUGAGAAACAGGAGGAGUUGUCGUUGGUCUCAUUGUUCAAGUUGCCCCAUUUCCGCAAGAGAUGUCUCGUCGGCUGGUUGACUAUGUUUGGAUGCCAGGGCACGGCAACUUUGGUUAUCAAUAAUUACGGCCCCUCCCUCUACGCCUCACUCGGCUUCUCUACUGUGCCCCAACUCGUCAUCCAAGGCUGCUGGAUCACCGUCUGCCCAUUCGGCAAUUUACUCAACUCUCUCGUCGUUGACCGAUUCGGCCGCACACGAAUGCUCAUGGUCGGAUUCGCUGGAUGCGUGGUCGCCUUAAUUGGCGAGUGCGCGACGGUCGACGUGUUCCAACGGACGGGAUCCCAUGGAUCCGCCAGCGCAGCUGUGUUUUUCCUGUUUUUGCAUAUCGCCUUCUUCUCGGCCUGCUGCGACGCCACCAGCUAUAUUUAUGCGGCUGAGAUCUUCCCCACUCCCGUGCGCGCAAAGGGUUUGGCGGUCUCGAUUUCAGGCCUGUUUAUUGCCACGAUUGUGUUUUUGCAGGCCGCUCCGUCGGCGUUUGCUGCCAUCAAGUGGAAAUAUUAUCUGGUGUUUAUUGCUGUCACCACUGUCAUCUUCUUGGUGGUGUGGUUCUAUUUCCCGGAGACGAAGGGCCGUUCGCUUGAGGAUAUUGGCCAGGUCUUUGGGGAUUCGGUCGAGCCACUGACUUUGGGCAUGGAUGUGGACAAUGCAAAUGACGUGGAUGAGAAGACGACCGCGCGUGAUCGCGUUGGACCGGCGAGCGGAGAUGGGGAAGGUGAUGAUGAGGUCGAAGAGGGUGUCACUGUGGCACCGAGUGAGAAGUACUGA